UAAGACAUUUGUACGAAUUUUUCAAUUUGUGAUAUUGAUAUUGCUUCUGUAUAACGCGGUUGAUACAAAAAUUGUUUCUUUGUCAAAUAUCGUUUUAUAUUUUAUAAUAUAAUUUAUUAUAGCAUUGCUAACUAUUGGCAUAAUUGUAUAGGAUUGAGAGGUCUGUCAUUAUUUAAUUUUAAUUAGAAGAUGUAAACAUAUAAGUACUACCAUCAGUUUGAGACACCCUGUACAGUAAUGUAUUUCGUACAUCGUACAACAGAGAGCAGUAAUAAGUAAGUUUAAUAUUUGCAAAUGGCCGCUUUAUCAAAAAACAAUACACAUUUUGAUCGCGGUAAAAAAAAGUGUUAUAUUCUCUCUUCUGUUGUGUAAAUUUGACAGUUUACUAAAUACAGGUGUGAGAAAUUAGUGGUAUGCUGUCUCUAGACAGUAAUGAAACUCAUCAGGAUGAGGAAACCACUAGUGAAAAUGAAUCAGAUGAUUAUCCAAGAAUGCCUAUCCACAUGGAUGAACCAAAAGAAUGGACAUAUACGAUGAGGAGGCACAUGCAGGAGGUGGUACCUAGAUUAUACCUUGGCCCAUACAGUGCUGCUAGUCGUUCGAAAUUGCAAUCUUUAUUAGAACAUGGUAUUACGCAUAUAGUGUGCGUUAGACAAGACAUAGAAGCAAAUUUUAUAAAGCCCAAUUUUCCCGACAAGUUCAAGUAUCUUGUUCUAAAUAUUGCUGACACAGCAACAGAAAAUAUUAUUCAACAUUUUCAAAAAGUUAAAACUUUUAUAGAUGAAGGUUUAAAUUCUGGUGGUCAAGUCUUAGUACAUGGCAAUGCUGGAAUAUCUAGAUCUGCUGCGUUAGUUUUAGCAUAUGUUAUGGAGACAUAUGGACUAUCACAAAUACGGGCAUAUGCAAUGGUACAACAAAGAAGGUUUUGUAUAAAUCCUAAUGAAGGUUUUAUGACACAAUUAAAAGAGUAUGAACCUAUAUAUCAAGCACAAAAAACAUUAAGAAACGGUCAACAAAGUUCCAUAAAGCAACGAAGUAAACGAUCUAUACACCAAAUGGAUACUGAACGAAUAGAAGACAGAUGCGACGAAAUGGAUAGUUGAUAUUAAUUUGAAAAAUAUUCAAAUUAUCAAAAGACUUAUCUUAAACUAGAUAAAAGGUGAUAGAUUUGACGAAACAAGAUAUACUGUAUGUCGUCAUGGUCUGAAAAAUACCUAAAUAUGCAAGUAUAUUGUGAAAUCAGAUUAAAUUGCUAAUAUAAUAUAUAAAAAUUAAAAAUUUAUUACAAUAUGAUUUUAUACUAAGUACUAGCUAAACUAAUUGUUUAUUUAGGUAACCAAGGUAUUGCUAGCUUUGAACUCUACCUACACUUUUUUACUAUAGCAUUGAUUUAUGAUGAUUAACAAACAGUAAACAAUUUUCAAACACAUGCUGUCAUAAAUAAUAAUUUUAAUUUUUAUUUAUUCAGCAUGCAAGUUGUGUACAACGUAUCGCUCACUUACAAAAGAAAUAAAAUGAAUAUUUUUAAGCUUUCCUCUAUUUAUUUUAUCAACUGCAAUAAAGAUUGUACAGAAUUUUUGUAUAUCGUGUACAUUAAAAUAAUGCAGCUUAAGAGACAUAGUAAACAACAUUUCUUAUCACUAAGUUUUGUAUUUAUUUCAUACAAC